UCGUGAACACUUCCACCGAACAUAUACAAGAGAGAUAUACAAUCAUCCAUAUUACCUCGACCAUUCAGAAGGACAUCGGCUUUAUAUUGAUUUUCUCGAGUUUUGGUGCCGCGGAGAGCGGAAAAAGCCAUCAAAUCAACAGCGACCGGCCCUCUCUCAAUAUUUUUACGCAACCUCCAGACUCUCAUGCAAAAGAAGAAAAGCUACCACAAAACCCGAGGAGGCUGCAUAACGUGCAAAGAACGAAAAGUGCGUUGUGGUUUGGAGCGUCCGGUGUGCCACAAUUGCAGUCGACUAGCGAAAGCGUGCAACUAUGCCCAACCGUCGCCCUCCUCUACGAGUACGCCACCCACGACUCAGACGGCGGCCGAGGCUAAUAUUGAACGGAUGCGCGAACUCGAACUCAUGUACUUUUACGCGGCCCAUACAUACUCCGUCAUGAGCCACGACCCUGUGCGUACCCAGCUGUGGAAAGACGUGGUGCCGAAGCACGCGUUCCGGCAUCCUUUCCUCCUACAUGGCUUGCUGGCCAUUGCGGCACAACACAGACUUCACUACGACAAGGAUGCCAUGAAAUCGGCGGAUCUCGUGCAGACGGCGGAAAGGUACCAGCAGGAGGCACUCACGACCUACAUUGGCCUACUGAACAACAUCACGGAAGCCAAUUGUCACGCCUUGUUUGCGUUUUCCCAGAUCAUCGUCGCCAUCCAACUGUCCCGUUUGAGUCUGGACACUUAUCCGGACACGAGGCACCCUGACGGCAUCAUUACUUGCAUGGUUGAGAUUUUUGAGUUGCUCAAGGGCGCGCUCAUCAUCGCCAUCGAGGCCAUCGACUGGUUGCGUGCCGGGGACCUGGAGCCGAUGCUGGGCCCCAAGCCAGAUACGCCGCCGUCGACACCACUCCCUCCUUCUCAUACCGGGUCGGCGUCGAUGAAGGCUCUGGAGUCGCUCUCAGAGUACGUUGCCACAAGUCAGCCGCCUGCUGAUGCUGCGGAUGGUAGUGGUAGUAGUAAUUCGGAGUGGACCGCUACUCGGACUGCGACCCUGCUGUCCACCAUCCGCUUGAUACACUCGGGGUUCCUGGAAGGCACCCAGAAUAGUCGCAUGACAUUCAACAGGAUCUCGGGUAUACCGGUGUUCUUCGACCCGAGGUAUCUCAGGUUGCUAAGGAUGAGGGACGAGGCGGCCUUGGUGGUCCUGGCUUACUACGGCAUCUUGUUGCAUCAGGUCAGAAGAAUGUGUUUCGUGCACGGCACCGGGGUCAAGAUUGUCGCGGCCGUGGCGGCGUUGGUUGGCGAGGAAUGGACGCCUUAUAUGGUUCAGCCGCAUCUGGAACUUGAGAUCGACGCUGGGUUUGCUUUGAUGUCCUCGUCAACCAUGUCCUCAUCAACUACGCCGUCAUAAAGCUCUACGAGAGGGAGAAACAGCCAAUGUAAAUGAGAAGUCAAUCAUACCCAGAGUAACGAUCAAUCGGUACAAAACGGGCGACCCCACCCUCCGAAUCAUUCUUGCAACUUCUCUCUACAAUACCGAGUACUACUGUUGUAUUUGUACGGAGGAGACAGCAGAGAAAUGAAGGGCUCGGCUUGGUCAAGAUAUAUGUACUCCAUGAGUAUAAUAGUCCGCCAUCGUCCCUCGACGGUGAUUCUCAGGACCGAGUAGAGACUUGUUUAUUGAUACUUAGUUGGUCUUAGCCUGGACACUUUCAUCGCGACGAACGCGAGGACCAAUCGCUAUUCAUUCCGACCACUCAGCCUCGACUUCGACCACCCUCCCCUUUGAUCAUACAGUACUUGACAAUGUUCCAGCGCCGAUCACCACAUAUUGUGGGCUUUCUCAUCCAUGGAACAGCUUCAUCUCUUUUAAUUUCUGCCUGCUCAAGCUACGGCGGAAGGGCAGGUCGUUCCCACCUCGAACCACA